AUGUCUAGUACUAUCACUGCAUCAUCCCCAUCAAGUCUCUGGACAACCGUACGCUCGGUUGGCCCAUUCAAUGUCGCUUGUUCAUUUGCUGCAUUGUUAGCUUUUGUCAAAAUCCUAAGGAUGCUUCGUUGGCAAUCGAAGACGACUCAACUGCCAGGUCCGCCUCGUACCAGCCUUGCAUAUGGGGUUUCGCACGACCUCGCUUUAUCUCAAGAUAGUGCUGCAAUGUAUGAACGUUGGGCAACGGAAUAUGGGGUCGUGUAUAUGAUUCCGAGCGUCCUAGGGCGGACUGAGGUCGUGAUGUGUGAUCCAAGAGCUAUAGCACAUUUCUACGCCCGGGAGACAUGGACAUAUGUACAGACGCCCCUUUCAUUGGCGCUUCUGGAGUCAUCAAUCGGUAAAGGGCUGUUGUGGUCUGAGGGUGAAACACACAAGAGGCAGCGGAAGGCCCUCACGCCAGCAUUUAGCAAUGCAGCGAUUCGGAAACUUACAUCAGUUUUUUAUGACUCAGCCUACAAGGCAAGGAUUUACAAUGCUAAAGGAAAAUGGGAUUCUGUCAUAGAAUCGAGCAAAGAUGGCGACGCCGUCAUCGAGGUCCAGAGCUGGAUGAAUCAUAUAUCUCUGGACACGGUUGGCAUUGCGGGUUUCUCCCAUGAUUUUGGCUCGCUCGAUGGAAAGCACGCCAGUGUGACCGAAGUGUUUGAUACUUUCGGAAGCAACCAACAGGCCUCAGCAGUGAACCAAGUUUUUAUCCUGCUUGCAUCAGUAUUUCCUAUCAUUCUCAAGAUUCCCACUAAGCGACAGGAUCUGUUAAAGAAACUUGGGGUAACCAUGGGAAAAAUAUCUCAAGAGUUAUUGACCCGUAGUCGCCAGGAGAAGGAUGAGAAUAUGAACGAGAAAGACGAGGAGAAGUCCAUCAUCGGACUGUUGAUUAAAUCCGAAGAUCAGAAUACCGAGCUUCAUAUGUCGCCGGAGGAAGUAUUGGCCCAGAUGAAGGUCUUACUUCUCGCGGGUUAUGAGACCACAUCCAUCACUCUUACGUGGGCGUUGAUCGAGCUAUCGCGUCACACCGACAUUCAAACCAGGCUCAGAGAGGAACUGCUUGCGUUUGGCCCUGAUCCGACAUAUGACCAAUUAAAGGCCAACCUUCCAUACUUGGAUGCAGUUGUCCAUGAAAUUCUACGGCUUCAUCCUUCAGUGCCGGAACUUAAUCGUCUUGCAGCGGCAGAUGACAUUAUUCCCUUGAGCGAACCUGUGCGGACGGUGUCCGGGACAAUGACGGACAGUAUAUAUAUAGCGAAAGGGACAUUGAUCACGAUACCAGUCGCAGCGAUCAAUCGCUCUUUGGCCAUCUGGGGACCUGACGCAAAAGAAUUCAAGCCUGACCGUUGGCUGACUGACGAAGGCAUUUCUGGAAAGGCCAAGGAAGUCCAAGGUCACAGACAUCUGCUGACAUUCGUCGAUGGCCCGAGGACGUGUCUUGGAAAAGAUUUUGCGAUCAUGGAAUUCAAGACGGUGUUAUCGGUUCUUGUGAAGAGCUUCGUGUUUGAGAUGCGGGAUGGACUGGAUACUCCAGUUGAAAUUGCAAGGGGAAUUUUACCCCGUCCACGGGUUGUUGGAGAGGAUGGUAUUGGAGUACCUUUGAGAGUUCGUCGGUACGAAUGAUUGGUCGCGCUGCACCAGGUUUUACUAUAAAUUUUUCUUCGACUUAUUCCCGACUAAAAACCCUUGGAUUGUAUUCAGAUCGCAAGGGGUAUGCGCGAUUGAUAUCAUACUAUGGACACUAUAUAACCUUGUAUAUGCUAUCCUCGCUACCCUUUUUGCUGCCAAGCGCUAUGUACAAUGCACAAGUACUGGCCAUUGUAAAAGAAGGAAUGGCCAUCUUUCCCACGUGUUGUAAGUCAAUCAAGCACUAUCACUAGCUGUGUCUGGGCGUCUGGAAUUUACACGUGAACUUUCUUCCUGAUGGUUUCAACAUCGCCCUCUGCUCGAUGUGGACAAGCA